AUGCCGCCUCCGGUGCCGCGCCUGGGCCUGGCGCCGAGACUCCUCCUCCUGUUCGGGGGCAGCUCCGGAGGUUUUUUCCCCCCCUGCUCCGUCUUGCCGCUUCUUCCCUCUGCGAGCAACGGGACCUCACGGCUGCGGCGGCCGCCGGCGGUAGCUCCCUCGGCGCGGCCCGGCGCCUCCGCUCCGCCUCACCUGACCGGCAGCACAGUCGGGGCGUCCCCAGUGCCGCCGCUCCCCCGGAAAGCGCGCGCGGGGCGGGGCGCGCGGGAGCGUUUGAACGGCGGGGACCGUUGGGCGCCCCCCGCGCGCGCCCCCCGCGGCGGAGCCGCGCUCCCGCGCGAGCGGCUCGCGGCCGCCCCUCAGAGCGCGGCGGGAGCCCCAGCGCAGCACGGGAUCGCCUCCGGACGGGUCUGGGACACCCGCAGUGAGGCGGACCCCGCGUCCCGUCUGUCCCAGGACUCGUCACUGCGCCCUAAAGAAGCUCUUCCUCGCGUUCAUUUAAAACUUGCUGUGAAUCUGUGGCUGCCGUUGCCUCGUGUUGCCGUGGUCGGCACCGUGAAGCGGAGCCUGGCCAGCCUCUUGGCAGCGCCCCGUGGCCUUGAUGCUUCUGCAAACACACAGCAUCCCCAUAAGAGAACUGAGACAGCCAUAAACGGUUUUAUCAUGACAAAGGAACUGGUUUUCAGCUGCCUCAGCUUUCUGAAAUAUUUUUUGCGUGACCUGCUGGUGCUGGCAGGAGGGAGGAGGCAGAACUGCAGCAUCCCCCUGAUGGAGAUCAAUUGGAAAUGCUCCCUUGGAGACACAGACACAAGAAGAACAUUGACUGUGCUGGAAGGUUGGUUAACCACAGCCCCAGAGGAAAUCCAGAGAGGCUGAACAUGCUUUUGUCUCACAGGCUAUCAUUAACCUGUAGCAUUGAUAAUUGCAAUACAGUAAUCUGAUUUUACUCA